AUGCUGACUCAGCCAUUCCCACCUCAGCUGUCUUCAUCGCAUCCUGAAGCUGCGGUGGCAGGAUCGAAUUCAAGACACCGAUUUACUGGAUCGGACGGGUAUCCUCAGCAUCUACACCAUGCUAAGACAACUAUAGCUGCGUUGAAGCGACCACCUCGCGCGGAUGAACGACGAGCGGGUACCCAAACGACACUGCUCCUGCCGACAAGGUGCCAAGUCUGUCGAUACAAGAAAACUGAAGACCCCUCUGGCGCGUCUGCAGAUCAACCUGACCAACUGGGAGGACCUCGCCAACAACCGACUGACCUGGAAAAGGAUAGUGAGGGCAGGCGCAGCGAUUUAAGAAGUCGACUGAAUCGCCGCCAUGCCAAAGCCAAACGUGGAGUACGCAAGUCCCAUCAGCGUCCACCACGCAAUGCCUGCGCACAACAGCCUCCAACUUGUCCACGAUGUCAACGGACAUUCCGGGUACUAAUUGGUCUUGUAGGACACCUUCGGAUAAACUGCGCAACUCGGAUCGCAACAGCCAUCGCCCGUCCCUCCAACUGCCGCUCCUCCUUGUCCUCCACGUUGCCAACUAACGCUGACCGUUCUCUUUACCCACUACUCACAUUCUCCUCCUCCUCCUCCUCCCCCUCCUCCCCCUCCUCCUCCUCUUCCUCCACUGCCCCAACGUCUGCCGUUGUGGCGCCUGACAUGCACAUCAACACAACACGCAAUCUUCAUACAACAGCCGACACUAACACCACCGCCGGCACCAGGGGAGAGGACCAGGAUUACACCCGUUCUCACUGUGACAUCGGCCUGGUCGGUCACUUGCGAAUCCAUCGCACGGUGACUGGCGAACCAGUGCCUGGAGCACCAACCCACACCCGCUGCACUGCCCUAGCACAUUCACACAUCGCAUGGGCCUCUUCGGCCACACGCGUAUCUAUGAGAGAGUGA